AUGGAGGGUGUGGCUGCCUUCUCGUUGGCAUGUAAUGUUAUACAAAUUGCCGAACUCUCUCGAAAGAUCAUCGCAACCGCAAAGGAGAUCCAAACUUCUCGUAACGGCUUACCGAAAGACCACGAAGAUCUACAUAGAGCCGUGGAGAUCCUACGUCGAGAUGUUGCGGACCUGCAGCAGAAUCACAACGGCGACAUUAUCCAGAGUCUCGCUGUUCAAAGCGAGGUCGCUAUAAACGAGCACAUAGCUCUCUUGGAUUCGCUUCGACUGAAGGGUCCCCGUACCUUCCUUCAUGCCUCGGCUGCAGCAUUCAAAGCACGGCGCAAGCAGCGCCAGCUGUACGAGUCUCAGGCAAAAGUUGACCGACUAUCAGAAGAGCUUAAGGCGCACAUUGUCAUGACCCGCAUCCCGAACAUAGAUCGCAAUGUUGUCCACCUUGGCGAUAAGAUAGCGUCACACAACUUCUCCAUCGACCAUGACAUGAAGAUCAUCGAGCAGCACCUGAGCAGGGUUCGCAAAGUAACUGAAAAUAACUCGAACACCGCGAACGCUACAGCAGAGCUCGUGGUAGAGUUACAAAGAUGGCUCAAAGAUCAACAAGAUUCCCAGGCGAAUAGGCAGUGUCUACACGCACUCUAUUUCUCAGAACUCAGGAGUAGAGCCGAUCAAGUAAAGCGAGCGCAUGAAGACACGUUUGGUUGGAUCUUCGAUGGGGCUGGAGACCUGUUUGGAUCUGUUCACAGAAAUAAGUUUAAGAACUGGUUACGGCUGGACGAUCCUAACAGAAACGUGUUCUGGGUGUACGGAAAACCUGGUGCGGGGAAAAGCACUUUGAUUAAGGACGUUUUGUGGAAUGGCUUCCAGGAUCUUUUGAACUUGGCGCCGAGCUUCAACAUAUUUAUGUUGUUCAUCAUCGAUGGCCUCGACGAGUUUGACGACCGUGCAGAGAUACGUAAAAAUUCGGCGCCGGAUGUACAAGACUUACUACGGCUGCUUCGCGCUAUACAGGCAAGUCCUUCAGCAAAGCUUUGCGUGACUAGUCGACCCCUAAAUGAGUUUGAGAUACAUUUGGGGAAGGAUGGAGACUUCUGCAUACCCAUACACGACUUGACCUCAAGGGACAUCAAAGCAUACACCGAAGAUACGCUGAGGAAACACCCUGCGUUUGCGCAACUCGUAUCACAGGAUCCUGGCUAUGCAACCCUCAUCACAAGUAUCACCUCCGCUGCGGAAGGAGUCUUCCUUUGGGUCUACCUCGCAUGCAAUUCUUUGCUCAACGGGUUAACUAACGCGGACCGUGUUUCUGACCUCCAAGGGCGACUGAUGCGUCUUCCCCACGAACUGGAUGAAAUGUACAUGCACAUACUGUCAACUAUUGAGCCUGAGUAUCGCAGAAACACCGCUCGCUCACUCUUACUAUGUACAAUGCCCGAACAGGAGACACUUCUUACACACCAUUACUUGGACGAUGAAAGUCGCAAACAGAUAUUAGAUGCCCCGAGCCUUCAACAGUUCAUGAACGGUGAAGACGUGGUAUUAUUCGCGGCCACAGUUCGUAGAAGAUUCAACGCGCGCACUAGAGGGCUGUUAGAAUUCAGAGCCUCCCGACGGGGCUAUCAGAUCGAUGAGUUUCGUGGAGUCCAGCACGAGAUAUCAGAGCUGGGCCUCGAAUGUGUCGGACUAGCACACAGAUCUAUGGCAGAACUUCUUGACAGAAAUGAUAUGAAACACCAGAUCAUGGCCGAAGCCGGUAUGGCAUUCGAAAUGCCUGAGCUUUAUGCCCAAGCAUCGAUGGCCGCUCUCAAGGCAGAGGCAUCUAUCGCAUGGACGCUUGGUUCGACUCAGGAUAGUGGGUAUCACUUCGGGAAGAAAGAUCCAAAUGAUGUGGAAAAAAAUCUCUGCACUUUACUGUACAAUUUAGUGCGAAUUAUGGAACAGACAGAGGAAGAGCAGAUGAAAGCACACUGGUCCAAACUUGACGAUUUACUCAAUUUCCCAUUCACACAGGAGAUGAAGCUCAAGGAUAUCAUCAUGGGCAUUGUCUCUAAAGAGUUCUAUCCUAACACUUUCGCCGUGGGUCUCGCCUUUUGCGCACCCAAAUAUGUGUCGCUUAUGUUGCGACAUGAUCCAACUCUGAUCACGACCAGAUCGAAAGCUUGGCCACCUCUGCUAGUGUCUCUACUAUAG